AUUACUCUCUCCACCUCCAGACCACCUCCAGACCACAGCCUCAGUUAAUGUCGGGGUCACCUCAGUUGACCAGCAGAAGACCCGCUUAAUGCAUAAAGUGAUGCAAGGUCCUAAAUCCAACGCAACUUCUGAACUGCAGGCAGGGGGUAAACACACAUGGAAUUGUGGAUUUGUGUAGUGUAGUCGCUGCAGAAGAUGGCUACUCAAAGGAAUGGAUUUAAAAAAGAAAGUUUCAUCUUAUCAGUGGACGUAGGAACAACCACAAUAAGAUGUAAUGUAUUUGACAAGGGUGCCAAGAUCCGCGGGACGUGCAGCAGCAAAGUUGUCUUGUUGUAUCCAGAACCAGGCUUGGUGGAAUUGGAUCCAGAGGAACUAUUUAAUGGAUUUAUAGCGGUCGUCAAGGGGGCUGUACAAGAUGCCGGUGUGAAGAUGAGCCAGAUCGUGUCACUGGGCAUAGCCACUCAAAGAGGGACAUUCACGACAUGGGAUAGAACCACUGGACGUCCUUUUCAUAACUUCAUCAGUUAUCAGGACCUCAGGGCCAUUGAAAGUGUGACUUCUUGGAACGGCUCCUACACCAUGAAGGCGGUCCAGGGGGCGAUGAGGUUGCUCUACCUGGUGUCCAGACAGAAGCGGUUCCUGGCCGGCAGCGUUCUGGUGUUCUCCCCCCAGCAAGUCACCUUCCGCCUGCUCUGGGCCCUCACACACUGCACACAGCUCCGCCAGGCCGUGGCCGAGGACACCUGCUGCUUCGGGACCAUUGACACGUGGCUUCUUUUCAAGCUCACCAAGGGUGAAGUCCAUGCCACAGACUACUCUAAUGCUAGUUCCACUGGGAUGUUUGACCCCUACCAGAUGUGCUGGAGUGGCCCACUCUUCUCUAUGUUGUCACUGCCAUUUUCCAUUCUCCCCAAAGUGGAAGAUACAAUCCAUAGCUUUGGAUCAACACACUCCUCUAUAUUCGGAGUCUCCAUACCCAUAAUGGCUCUGAUUGCCGACCAGCAGGCGGCCAUGUAUGGUGAGUGUUGCUUUGAUGUGGGCAAUGUCAACAUCACCAUGGGAACAGGCGCCUUCGUCGACAUCAACACCGGCAGCAAACCACAUACACCGGUAGCAGGGCUGUAUCCGUUGGUGGGGUGGAAGAUAGGAGAGGAGGUUGUGUACUUGGCGGAGGGCAACGCGGCCGACACGGGCACCGCCAUCAAAUGGGCUCAGGGCCUGGAGCUGUUCUCUGAUGUCCAGGAGACCAGCGCCAUGGCUUACAGCGUGGCCAACUCUGACGGGGUGUGCUUCGUACCGUCCUUCAGCGGCUUACAGGCUCCACUCAAUGACCCCACAGCCUGUGCUUCCUUCAUGGGUCUCACACCAUCCACCAACAAGUGCCACCUGGUCCGAGCCAUCCUGGAGUCCGUAGCCUUCAGUGUCCGUCAGCUCUACCAGACCAUGCUGAGAGAGACCUGCAUUCCCGUCACUAAGAUCCGUGUGGACGGGGGCGUGUGCACUAAUGACUUUGUCAUGCAGCUGACCACUGAUCUGAUUGGUCGGAAGCUGACCAGACCCGUCCACCACGAGAUCUCCUGCCUCGGGGCGGCCUUUGUGGCCGGACUGGGAGUGGGAUUCUGGAAGGACCAGGAGGAGCUGAAGCGGCUCCACACCACUGACCAGAUUUUCGUGCCCCGGCAGGCGGCCCGGUGCGGCACCGAGCUGGGGGUGGUGAGUGCGGAGUACGAGGCGGUCCUCCGGAGCUGGGAGAAGGCCCUGCAGCGCUCAAUGGGCUGGUACAGCAGCAGGGCAUGACCGCCAGGGCCACGCCGCAGUGCUCUUCAUACACGCUGCACGGGAGCAUGAAGCUCAAAAGAGCCGUUCUAGGAGCCAUUCACACCGACAACCACACUGGACAUGUUUGUGGAAGCUUUCGUAAAGGUUACCAUGAUCAUACCCCCGUUUCAUAUCAAUUAGCUUGUCUCUGGUGGCAACUACAUUUCUGUUGAGGCCUUGGAGUGGUUUACCGACAUCACUCUCUCUCUCUCUCGCGCGCUCGCGCUCUCGCUCGCUCGCUCGCUCUUCAGAGACCAUUAUGCCGACUUCUUUUCAAUGAUUGGUUUGUGGGCAGAUUUUUUCAGCACUUGCCACCGCAGUCUUUUGAUUCCGAGUGGUGGAGACGAUCCAUUUAGUGCACCAGUUGUUCUAAUUAAACGAUCGGAAAAUAUGAAGAUCAUCUUAGAUUACCCAGGAAUUGCGGUGGGGUGAAACUGGGCCCACAGGUCAGAGCUGCGGAGAGUCAAAGAAUGUCCUUUUUCCAGUUUGUCAAACUGUUCAUUUAUUAGCAAUUAAAUGGGUUUAAUGCCUGACUAAUCCUAUACAUAGUCCCUUUAAUACUUCCUUAUAAGAAAAUGUGCAAAGCUAUUACAUUUAUUUUUUGGGUUUUUAUAAAAGGACAAAAAGAACAUAUUGAGCGAUAUAGUCGACGGCAGACGUCUGUCAGGACUGCACAGAAUUCUUUAUGUAUCGUACCACUUAAUAAUUGUAUCACCCAAAUUGUAUCAUUUUAGCAGGAGUACUGCCUGUAACUGAAUAGUAUGAAUCAUAGUUGUUAUUGGCGUAAUCCAUUCUUGCUAAUGUAUUCUGAGAGGGGGGGGGGGGGGUGACACCCAGCUCAAUAAAUUCUGGGUUCACCCUAUCUAGGGUUAUCUAGGGUUACCCUAACCCUCCCCAGUGUCCAUUAAAAACAUGUUUUCUGUGAUACACAAUGUGCGGGUGUAAACUGAACUCUGAAAGAUCGAACCACUGUCAGUUUCUAGGUUGCUUCCUUCAGAAUUGUAAUUUGCCUGUGUGCGUGUUUGAAAGAGAAAAAACAAAUAUGCAAUAUAACUGUAUAUGGCCUUCCAACUGUCUAACUGAAUUAUUUGUUUUGCACAUUGUGUAAACUACAAACCUGACUUGAAGUCAAUGACCGUGUUUGGGCUGCUAUGAUGUCACAUGUCCUGUCCACACUAGUGCAUCUCACACUUGUGCAUCUCACACUAGGAAUACCUUCAUCUAUUGCGUUGUAUUUACAUAAUGUAUUUCAUACCUCAAAUUAAAUGUAAAUAGUUACCUCAAUAAAGUAUAGGUAGAUUAUACAGAAGCCAUUGGCGGCAGUAUUUUCUGUAUUUUCCAUAGUUAUGCAUCAUACUGUAUUUUAAAUUACAAUACCAAAUUGAGAUUUGUUUACUUUGUAUCGUCAUUUCCAUACAGUCCACUAGGUGAUGCCAUUGGCAUUCAAUUUCAUCUCUUAAGUUUCAAAAUGGCUUUUUCCUUGUUGUUAAAUACAUGUUUUUUUGUAUACUUGAACUGAUUGAAUAGUAUUUUAAAUUAAAUAUUAUCCGGGGGCUCAGUAGUACCACAAGAGCCAAGUAUCAGCAUACCAUACAAUACCCUAAAAACGGCCGGAUGGUAUAUAUGGGGUGAAAACUGUUUCCAAAAGCUACCCUGUGUACUCCUAUGAGGACAUAAACACACAGGCUGCUAAGUAUUAUUGAAAUUGGUGCAAAACUAUUUGGAGGCAGGCAAUUGGAAAUCAUUUCUAGUGCCGAAGCAGCCCCUCCUCCUGGAUAAUACAAUAUCUAAUCAAGUUAAGUGAUACUGUAAUAAUAUGUGCCAUCUUAAAUCCUUGAAUUAGCAUGAACUUAUAUUGCAGAAUUGUUUGUAUAAUAUCCCUGCUUCAUGUCAAAUAUAAGUCGUUUUCAGGUUAAACUCUAUUCUGUUGCCAUUUUCCAAAAUGUUCACUUGGUGUCAGAAUGGACAUGAGGGCCUGGAGUCCAUGCCCAGGCCCCCCCGUCUGGCCUGAGAUGAUAAGACAGACAAACCCACUAAGGUUCAUCUAAAGAUCUCCAUCCUGAUCUUUAACCUGAGUGUUGUGUCACCUAUCUUCCUUCUGUUAAAUGAAAUGGGACAUUUCUGUAAAUGUGCUAUCUGAUGUUGUUGACAGUGUUUUGUCCAUGUGCCCCUGAGCACACUGCAGAUUACAGAGUGAGAGUGCAGUCUAGUUGAACUCAGGAUGAAGUUGCCUGUUACAUGAGGUUAUUGAAUACUAUAGAGCAUUGACCCAGUUCUACCAGGUGAAUCUAACAUGAGUCACAGAAGCAUUCAUACUAGAAAGUGAUAUCAAAUGUAUUUUUUUAUUUUGUUGAGUAACUUUUUUAUUGCUUCUUGUGGGACUAAAGGGCUAGUGCAUUUAACGUUGUUCUAAUGUCAAAGUGUAAUUAUAUUAAUUGUUCUUAACGAUGGCAAUUUCUCUAAAAUGAUUGGAGAAAAGUAAUCACUGACUUGUAGUUUAAAGUUUGGUCUGCGUAAUUAUCCGUACUAAAUUCUU